UAUAAGAUAUAACAAAAACGCAUCUCUAUAAAACUGUGCCCCCUUUGAGGUUUGCACCCUUGGCGGCUGAAUGACUGGCCUUGCUUCCCCAGUGGAUUCCAUGGGGCAAAGCGCUCAGUGAGCGCCGUCUAUACGCUUUCUAAUAUGGGGCUUUAAAGCGAACGCAAAGCCGGACUGUCGCGCGUUCCCUCUGCCAAGGGGACAACGUGUAGUGCGGACCCAGGAGGAGCCGUCGGGGGUCGUCAGGGGCCGUCGGGCUGGGCGGAAGAAAGAGAGGCAGAUCGAGCGUUGGUGGAGCAACCGCCGUCGACCGCGAGUAAGCUGGAGCGGGGCUGUGAUCCGGAGCUCCUGUUGCUCUGGGGCUGCAGCAAACCGCCAAGCUGGGCAAGUCGGUCGGUGUCCUGGUGGAGGUUAAGGGGAUGAGCGCCCGGGAGAAGCGGGAGAUCGCCAGGUUAAACGGUGAGGCAGAUUUAUGAAGGUGGAAGCCAACGCUUUAAAAAUGAGUAAAUAGCUAUGGUGGCUAAAUGGAACUGCCAUGUAAAAGAGCAGUCUGCCUUACUAAGGGACAGGCAACGGGGAAGGGCGUUUGCUUUCAUCCUGCAGCGUGUGGACCUCCCUGUGGCUGCUAGGAGUUGGAAUCUGACAACAGUUUUUGACACCCACGAUGCGUAUUUUUAGGACCCACCUUAUUUCUAGAACUCCAGCAGCGACCUUGGGGCAUGUGGCUGGAUCCUGGUCUGCUUUUCGUUCUUGCUCUUCCUUGUGACCUUUCCUUUGUCUGCAUUUCUCUGCUUUGAGAUUGUCAUGGAAUAUCAGCGAGCUGUCAUCUUUAGACUAGGACACAUCCUAAAAGGUGCAAAAGGCCCAGGUAUCUAUUUAAUCCUGCCCUGCAUAGACAAUGUUGUCACAGUGGACAUGAGGACUGUGUCAUUUGAUAUAGCCCCCCAGGAAAUUCUUACCAAAGAUUCGGUGACGGUUCUUGUGGACGGUGUGGUUUACUACCGAGUUCAGAACGCCAUCCUCUCUGUGACAAAUGUUGCUUAUGCGGACUCAGCCACUCGGCUCCUGGCUCAGACCACGCUGAGGAACGUUCUUGGGACCAAGAGCCUCUCUCAGAUCCUCUCUGACCGGGAGGAAAUCGCCCACAGCAUGCAGAUCACAUUAGAUGAAGCCACAGAUGACUGGGGCAUAAAGGUGGAGCGGGUAGAGAUCAAAGAUGUGAAGCUGCCCAUCCAACUCCAGAGAGCCAUGGCUGCUGAAGCAGAAGCUACCCGCGAAGCAAGAGCAAAGGUGAUUGCAGCAGAAGGUGAAAGGAACUCCUCCCUGGCCUUGAAGGAAGCCGCCAUAGUGAUCACAGAGUCUCCUGCAGCCCUCCAGCUUCGCUACCUACAGACUCUGACCACUAUCGCUGCUGAGAAGAACUCUACCAUUAUAUUUCCGCUGCCAUUGGAUAUGCUGCAAUGUCUCAUUGGAACAAAACGUUAACUGGGGAUAUAGAUGCAGGACGAGGGGCUGUUUCUCAGGAGCCCAGAUUUUCUUAAAAGUGCAAUGCAGUGUUGGACAAAGGAACAUUAAUUUAAUUGUUUGUUAGCAGAGGGUUUUUUUUACAUUUUGUUUUUUCACUUCUCUUCCCAAACAGGAAUAAAGUUACUGAUUUUAACCCUGUAUUCUUAGUCAUCUGCGCAUCUCCCUUUUG